AUGACUUCCGCUACAGAAGAUGGGAAUUCUGCUCUGUGGGACGCUAUCGAAGCCAACUAUUGGCAGUCCAUAAAGGUUGUCAGGGCCCGUGAGGAUAGGGAGACAGAUGAGUCUAUGCAGGCCGCGGCUGACCCGAUCAGGAUCAAGCUCGCGAAGUUGUACGUGGAGCGUCAAGAGCUUGAAGAACGCCUUAAAGCCACAAAGCAAGUGUGCCAAGAGAAUGAAGCCUUCCUCAACGACCUGGAGAACGAGAUCGUGGCCCGCCAACUCGAUGUUGCCGAGCAACGAGCUCAUGAUGACGAGCAGAAGCGCGAGUGGUUUAGGAAUUAUCGCCAGGGUGACAUUACCCUUCAGGAUGUUGAGCCUGGACCCGAGGACACAGAUAUCGACAUUCCGGAAGAAUCUGAACAGGCCGACAACGAUGCCAGCUCUUCUGUGGGCAAUGGACUGGGGGAGUCUAGUAGAGCUGGUUCUGACGAAGGUUCGACGUCACAACGGCCCCAUACCCCCAAGCCAUCGGGACUCCCAGACCAGACCGGAGCCCCGUACGGGGAUAUGACUGGAGUUGAGGUUCACGAUGGAGCUGGCGAGGUGAUUGGUGAGCUUCACCGCCUCAACCUUGAUAACAUCUGGGUCGAUACGCUCCUCAAUCGUCCCAUAGAGCGGCCAGUCAGAAUCCGGCCAGGCAAGAAGUUCACCGCCAAAACCUUGGAAAGCAUCUAUGAGCCGAGCGAUGCCAAAGGUGCUAAAUGGUUGGCCUGCCAUAUCCAAGCUACCGGUACUGUCCAAGGCCAGCCAUGCCGUACCUGCGUCAAGAAUGUGGGCAUCUUCUCCGAGUGCAUUGUGCUUGAUGACCCCAACUUCCCACGAUGUGGGAAUUGCGAGUGGAAUAGACAAGGAUGCCACGGCGCCUCUUUCGAGCCACGAUCCAGACAUGCCGCGGCAAGCGAUGAAGGAAUAACACCAUCACAACCUCCUAGUGCGAAGUCUGUCGAGAAGAUGGCAUCUUCUUCCUCUGGCAACACUGCUGGUGGUCAGAAUGGGGCAGGCGAACUGCCAGCCCUACCCAAGUCCAGCAGCCGAAAGUCUCAACAUAGCGUGCGGAACUCGGAGGACGAGGCAGAGACCGGGGCAGCCAAGCAACAUAAGCAGGGUAAAAAGAAGUCAUUGGGACAACAGACGCUAGAGACACCACAGACGCCAGAGGCACCAGAUACGCCAGAUACGCCAGAGGCAGAGGAUGAGGAGGAAAUGCCAGAGCUGGCAGAGAUCACCAAGGAGACACUCGACCUCAGAGACGAUGGUGUUGUGUUCACAGACCCUCCGUGCAUGAGAAAUGUGCCCCUGGUAAAAAUAUCUCCCAGCCAUGCGUACUGGGACCCCGAGUGGAAGCCGAUAGAAGACGAGGUCCAGCUCCAGCUGAACAAGUGGCUGGAAAAGCAUGACCAGCUCGCGAAAACUCCGACAUCUUCGUCAGCCAGCAAGUUCCUGGCAAAUCGGCAGAUCAACCGAGGUCGGACCAUGCUUCAGUUCCUUGAGGAGGGCGAGCUGCAUCCCUAUCAGAUCAUCGGCAAACAGUGGAUUACCAGAGGCUUCAUCGUCUACGACACGUUAUACCGCAUGGUCCAAGUUCUGCAAGAACUGACCAAGUUUAAGAUCGACAUGAAGCCCUCGCAGUGGCUAAGGCAGCGCCUGCACGAGAUAUACGUCGAGAAAGGUGACAGUUUUGACCUUGCCAAGACUAUUCACCAUAUGUACCAUGACCCCAAGGUCUCCCACCUGCGCAUCAAGAAUGGGUUCGGCACCAUCGGCCGGCCCUCCGGCUUCAAGAUGAGAGAGAAGGCGAAGAACAGCAGCACCUCCAAAAAGGGAACCCCCAAAAAGGGAACCCCCAAGAAGGGCACCCCUCGCAAGGACCCCAGCAAGGACACCCCCGGCAAGGAGGCGGGGUCACGGAAGCGCAAGGAGCCACAUUCGACACCCAAGACGACCCCGCAGAAGGACAAGGCAGAUACCGAGCAGGCCCCCCGGUCCUCGACGCGCAAGACGCGCCAGGGCUCCGCCGAGGUGCCCCUCAGCCAGCACCAGGCGAGCAAGCCAGAGCCGGGGAAAUUCAUCCUCUCGGCCCGCAACCAACACAAGAAGCAGAGGGUCGACCAGAACCCGGCCGGCCGCAGCAGCCUUGGUGGAGCGGCCAGCCUCCAGGAGGACCUGGAGCACAGCGGAUAUACAUCGACGGACAGCUUUAGCGGAGAUCAUGUCAUGAAGCUCGACUGGCGGGUAUACCAAGUCAAGACGCGACUGACGACCACCAACCCGGCGGUGACGCAGUACUGGCACUGGGUUGACAAGGCCGAAGAAGGGGGCGAGUCGAACAUCUUCGAGCACCAGGUUCUCAAGGACGUCGUCUCCAACGAGGUCUCGUGGGGCGUCUACAAGGAGCCGUACGACUUCCACCUCCGCCAGUCAGAGCUGGUCAACGUCUCGUAUGCCCCCAGCAGCCAGAAGGUGGUCAUCGCUACGAAACCCGUCCAAGGCGUUGAGCACCGAGGGGACGUGCUGGCCCACUUCAAGCGUGAGCGCACCAAGAGGCGGUUCCUGACCUUUAUGAGGAAGAAGGGCGUGAAGCUGGUGCGGACAGAUGCCCAAUUUGUCGAAUCCACUUGGGACGAGAUGCAGUCCAACGUCUUGCCUGGAUACGACUCGGAGUCUUGA